AUGGAUCAAGUUCGAAUUCAAACUGAGCAAUUGCGUAUUGAAGCACAAGUCGUACGAAAGAAAGUCUCAGAAGUGUCAAAAGAUCUCAUUGAAUACUGUGAAAAGGAAAAGGCUCAUGACAUGCUCGUUAGCGGUCCGCAGGACAACCACAAUCCAUUCCAAGAAAAGAAAUCCUGUGCUCUACUAUAA